UGUUGUCCGUGGAUAUUUGAAGAGAAGGCGGAGUUCAGUAGUUCACAAAAGUCCACUUUGAAACGACGCUAGAGUUAGUAGUCUUCACCUUAACAGGAACUAAGGUGUUUAUCAGUCAAUGCUCCGUACGACGCUAAGUUUCUCACAGCUUUUGUAUCGGAAAGAAAAAAGUACUUGGCUAUUAGCUUAACGUCAAGUUACUAGGCUGCAAUUUCACCUGCGGUGUAAGUCAGUCGAAGUAACGUUGCCUCAUCUGACAUAGGGCCUUUCCAGCUCAUUAUUCAUCUACUUGGGAGAGCUGUAAGGGAUGGCUACAGAUUGUCUGUUGGUGACGCUAUCCAUGAUUCUGUAGGGGUAAUCUCUGGUGCUAUGGAUAAUAAUAUGAGGCACCUGUCCUUAUUGUGCCUGUACAUGCUGGUGACCUUGUGUGGCCAAAGAGGUGUGCUGUCCCAGGCUCCCUCCUACGGGGAACGAGGCUCUGACCUGGGCCUGCAGGUAUUCCAGCAAAUAGUCCGCUCCAAGCCUCAGGACAAUGUGGUGCUCUCUCCCCAUGGAGUAGCCUCCAUCCUGGGCAUGCUGCUACCAGGAGCCCAUGGAGAAACCCGGAGGCAGGUCCUUACUGCUCUCCGCUACAAGAAAAAUGGACCGUACAAGAUGCUGAAGAAGCUGCACAAGACUCUGACAGCCAAAUCCAACCAGGACAUUGUGACCAUUGCCAAUGCCAUGUUCACCCAGCAGGGCUGGCCCAUGAAGGAGGCCUUCAUAGCGACCAAUAAAGCCAACUUCCAGUGUGAGAGCAGGAGCCUGGACUUCAGCAACACCAACAGGGCAGCAGAUGAAAUCAAUGCAUGGGUCAACAAUAAAACCAAAGGGCACAUCCCCAGCCUGAUCAAAGCAGACAUGCUGGACCCGGCUCUGACCCGUCUGGUAGCUGUCAACUCGAUCUACUUCAAAGGCCUCUGGAAGUCCCGCUUCCAGCCCGAGAACACCAAGAUGAGGUCCUUUAACGGGGGCAACGGGAAUGUAUACAAAGUCGAAAUGAUGUCGCAGCUAUCUGUCUACAACAUGGGCCUGGCCAGCACCCCGCAGGGACUGAAAUACAAGGUUAUUGAGCUGCCAUAUCACGGCAACACUGUCAGCAUGCUGAUCGCUCUGCCCUCUGAGGAGGAUACACCUCUGUCCCAUGUCAUCCCACACAUCAGCACAGCCACGGUGCAGAGCUGGACCAAACUGAUGCAUCCCAGGAAAGUCCGCCUGCUCAUCCCCAAGUUUAAAGCCGAGGCAGAGGUAGAUUUGGAGGCCUCCCUCUCAGCUCUCGGCAUUACAGACAUGUUCCAUCAGAGCAGAGCUGACUUCAGACACCUGAGUGCUGAGCCUGUGUAUGUAUCCACGGCACUCCAGAAAGCUAAAAUUGAGGUGAACGAGGAUGGGACAAAAGCGGCAGCUGCAACUACUGCCAUUUUGCAGGCUAGGUCCUCUCCACCCUGGGUCACUGUGGACAGACCUUUCCUCUUCCUCGUCCGACAUAACCCAACAGGUACUAUUCUCUUUAUUGGACAGUUCAACCAGCCUUGAGCAAAGCAAUCCACAGGGACAACCAUCACUGGCUGGGCCCCUGCAAGUGACAUAGGCCUAUGCAGGAAACGCUUAUACACACACUCUCUCACACACAUGCACAGUCACACCCACACACUUUGUUUGCUGUAGACUUAUGUACAAUGUGGAUAUAUGAUAAUAUGAUUUGUUUUAAGUAUUGCUUUUUAUGUUACCCCCUUAUUUGUCUGUAAUGCAUAACACGCUUUAUGAAAUGUUUUGCAGUGACUAAAUUUCCAACUAUUUUAAUUUUUUUUGUAUACUUUUUGAAUUUAUUACCUUUUUAAAGAGACCGUGAAUGUCAAAUGUGUGUAUUGACUGAACUCUGAAGUAGGAUAUUAGUUUAUUUAUCAUUUCACUAUUUCAGUGUGGAAGCACUCCAUAUCAAGUCGUUUGAGCUGCACUCCAUCUGUCUAUCUAAGUUAUGUCAACGUACGUACGUUCCCAUGUUGAACGUCAUGCAUUUAGCUACUUUGAAGUGAAUGUUGUCCCUCACUGAGGAAAUGUCAUGUGUUAUCAAACCUGUUUAAUUUCAAUAAAGUAAAUACACAUAUUUAUAACA